AUGGAGAGCAUGUUCUGGUUCGGAACAGCCGCAGGCAGCAUCGUAUUUGAGAAGCCAAGUGGAAGGUUAGAGACGCGUGCGGCUGGCGGCUUGACGACUCCGGCGAAGGUGAUGAUUAAACGAGGGGCGUUGACGAUUUCGCCAGCGUCCAGGCCAGGCCAGAGGUGUGUCGCGGCCCGCGGGCUUUUCGGCAAGGCGGCGUGGACCAGCAGGGCGCGCUGUUUGCCUCCCCCCACCCCUCGCCGCUGCUGCCGCUGCCGCCGCUGCUCCGGCGGCCUCCCUCCUCCCGCGCCGCGCCGCGCCGGGAGGCGGUCAGUGAACCCGCGCUGGCGGCGGCGGCGGCGCUGCAGCCACUCGCCUCACCUGGGCCAGUGCCGGGCGGACCGUCAGCCGACUGGCUGGCCGUGGACGGGCACGUGGACGUGGACGCGGCGCGACAGCCGACGCCCGCCGCUGACGCCGACGCCGGCCUGGCCCGGCGCCGACGCCCACGCCCGCCCCCGCGCUCGCGACAUGGACGUGUUCAAGAUGGAGCAGGCGCUCGCGGGCGCCGCCGCCUCCGCCGCCGCCGGCGCCGCGCCCUCGCCCGACAAAAUCGCGACCGCCACGGCGGACGUGUCCUUCGACGCCGGCUCCGAAUUCAGCCUGAGCUUCUUCGAGGACAGCAGUACGCAGGGCUUCAGCGACGAGCACGAACCCGGCUCGGUGGGGUCCGCGUCGGCGUCGUCGCCGCCCCCUCCUCCGCCGCUGGCGGUGCUGGCGCCGCCCCCUCCCGCCCCCGCACAGCCACCCCCGCCGCCGCUGCCGCCGCAGCUGCUGCCGCCUCCCUCCGCCUCUGCCGCCCCCAAGCAAGAGCAGCAGUACGCGGCGGCCGACUCCAACAGCUCGACGCCGGCCAAGUCGUUCGUGCCGUGCAAGGUGUGCGGCGACAAGGCGUCCGGCUACCACUACGGGGUCACCUCCUGCGAGGGAUGCAAGGGAUUUUUCCGGAGAAGCAUCCAGAAGCAGAUCGAGUACCGGUGCCUACGAGACGGCAAGUGCUUGGUCAUCCGGCUGAACCGCAACCGCUGCCAGUACUGCCGCUUCAAGAAAUGCCUCGCCGUUGGCAUGUCGCGGGACUCGGUGCGGUAUGGGCGCGUGCCGAAGAGGUCGCGCGAGCGCAGCGGCGAGGAGGCGGCGGCGACGCGCGUCGGCACGUCGGACGCUGAGCAGUCGGACGCGGAGAGCCGGCAGCUGGCCGUCUACGACGUCAUCCUCACCGUGUCGCAGGCCUACCAUGCCAACUGCGGCUACACCGAGGAGCAGACGCGCGCGCUCGUGCGGAAGCCGCUCGCCACGCAGCCGCACCUCGCAGCCGCCGCCGAGGUUUCUGUGACAGGUGGAACAAGUACGGAAACAUCUGAGGUUGCCUCAUCAACUGCUGAGUCUUUGGAACAGCAUCGUGUAUGGCUUUGGCAGCAGUUUGCUCAGCAUGUGACACCCAGUGUGCAAAGGGUUGUUGAAUUUGCCAAAAGAGUGCCAGGUUUCUGUGAUCUGAGUCAAGAUGAUCAGCUAAUACUUAUCAAAGUUGGUUUCUUUGAAAUAUGGUUAACUCACGUUUCUCGGCUAACAUCUGACUCUUCACUCACCUUCUCAGAUGGAACAUACAUUACUAAGCAGCAGAUGGAAGUGAUGUAUGAUGUUGACUUCGUUACCUCAGUAUUUCAUUUUGCAUCGACAUUCAAUGCGCUUGCUCUAAAUGAUACAGAGCUUGGGCUGUUUUCAGCCGUAGUGCUCCUAACUGCUGAUCGCACUGGUAUAACUGAUAUCAAAGCAGUUGAGCACCACCAAGACCGGCUUAUUGAUGCCCUCAAAGUCCAGAUUGGUCGAAAUCAUGCAAGUGAUCCACAAUUGUUUGCAAGUCUGCUUGUGAAGCUGCCAGAACUAAGAAAUCUUGGUGUUAAACAUUCAACACACCUUGAAUGGUUUCGCCUCAAUUGGACAAAACUGAGGCUGCCUCCCCUCUUUGCAGAGAUAUUUGACAUUCCAAAAUGUGAGGAGGAUCUACAGUAGAAGGUUUUCUGGCCUCUUCCUCCAAUCGAGGCACUUUUGUGAUAGAUACUCACUGUGAUUGGGCAGUUGGAAGUCAUGCACAUUGUGUGUGUUUAUUUUAAUUCAUUUUUCAUGUUCAUACAAGUGAGAUUGUUAAAUAAUUUCUUAAUAAUAUUUGGAAAUCUUUUUAUCACUCAUCUACUGUACUCUACUUUCAACUUUUUCGAGAAGUGGAAGCAAGUUAGAAGUGAUCACAGUGAGUGUGCCAGAAAUGAACUUGCUGGUACGGAAUGCUGACUAUCACGACUGUGCUCUCUCUCCUCUUCUUGCUCAAUGGUUAGUGCUGGUGCAAUAGAGCUAUGCUCCCAACACAGUCUAUUUUUAUUGUUAGGUGCAGCUAUAGGCCUAUAUUUCCUAUACCUAUACACCUCAGACCUGGAUUUUUUCUUUGAAAAUUAAUUUAUUAUUUCAAGGUGUUUAUAAAGAACACAAUGCUCACGUUUGUUGUGCAUGGAAACAUAUCAUAAUUGUAUAAGAUUAGCAGGGCUAUGCAUUUUGUGCAUUUUAAUAUCUGCUAGAUAUCAAUUCCUCUCUAAAGAAAAGUAUAUAUAUACUGUAUAUUUGAUGUUGUGUAGUUGUAAAUAUUUAUUAAUAGAAAUGUUAAAAUAAUAAUUAUGAUUACUGAAAAAUAAAAUAUUUAUAAAUAUAAAA